CUGGUUUCCAGAAUGGAGGGGCCACUGUCAAUGGAGAUGUCUUUCAGGAGUCCAAUGGCCCCACGGAUGCCUAUGCAGCCAUAGCCAAGGCUGACCGGCUGACUUGCGUCCGCAAGUGGAGGGAGGAGCAGAAGAAGCGCCUGGAGGAUCUGGAUGCGGCAUCAAAGGUGACUGAGCAGCGUGAGAAGGCCAAGAAGGACCUGGAGGAGUGGAACCUACGUCAGAAUGAGCAGAUGGAGAAGAACCGGGCAAACAACAGGAUCGCUGACAAAGCCUUUUACCAGCAGCCGGACGCCGAUGUGAUUGGCUAUGUGGCCUCAGAGGAAGCAUUCCUGAAGGAGUCCAAGGAGGAAACCCCGGGCUCCGAGUGGGAGAAGGUGGCCCAGCUCUGUGAUUUCAACCCCAAGAGCAGCAAGCAGAGCAAGGAUGUCUCGCGGAUGCGCUCGGUGCUCAUCUCCCUCAAACAGACGCCCCUGUCCCGCUAGCUGCCACCUGGCACAGCUGGGAAUGCAGCAGGGCAAGGCCAGGCUCACCAAGCCGGGUGGCUUUGUGGGGCCAGCCCAUGAGGGGCCUCACCCUGCCUGCCUCUGCUCCCUGGUGUUUGCCUCGGCUGUUACUGGUUGUAACUCUCCCCAUGGUUUUCCUUUGCUUAAAAGGUG